CAGUUUAUUUAAAAGGAUUUACUGCUCAAAGUGACAAAAAGCCUCUCUUACUGGCCUUAGAUUAACAUUGAUAUUGUUGCUCUAAUUGAUCUGUCAUUGAGAGUUUUUAAUAAAAAUCUCAGCUAUGCAUGUUCACGCUCUAUCUUGCACUACACUAGAUUGUCUCUUAAUACACACAAGACAGAAACCAAUAUUUAUAUGAACAGAUUAAAUGUCCUGAUUUAGACGAGAAUCUGCAAUGAAAAGCAUAAAGAAAUGCAAGCUCACUGUCAUUUAGGCCUGUUUAAAAGAUUGAAAUGUGCACAAAAAUCAGCUGUAACUGGAUUUAACUGCAAGUGCACAGACCCUUCAACAUUGUGUUUCAUACAGUUAAGAAUUCAAUCAAAAAUAUAGUAGAAAAAAUAGUCAGACCUGAAAAUGGCUGUAUUGUUCUAGUGAAUAAAAAAUGCUUUACUGCAAAUAUAUAAUACAAUGAAAACAUAUCCGAGGCUUAUUGUUUGCAAAAACAGAUUAUAUAUGUCGAUAAACAGAAAAAAGCCCUUCUGUGAUAUAGUGAAAACUCCCAUUUAGAAGAUAAACCACAACUGGAUAUCCUUUUGGGAAAAAAAUUAGGCAUCAUGAGAUCUGUCUAAAAAUGCAUUCAAUCCAAUAUUUAAAACAUCUACAGUGUGCCUCUAUUUAUAUUUCUGCUCCCCUUCCAUAUAUUGAAUUAAUUAAUGUCUUUGUGGUGUCAGCUAAGUUCAGGCUUAAUGGUGUUUCUUAAACAGAUUGCACACUCUUUGAUGCAAAGGUCAUUAUAAAACAGCAAGUGCUCCUUUUCAUCUGAACUAUUAAUUAAUGUGCGCUCCUGUGUCUUCAAGUUGCCAUGGUGGAAGAAUCCGUUUACCCUUUCCCAACAGUGGACGUGCCUGAUCAUGCUCAUUACACUAUUGGUGCUGUCAUCCUUGCUGUUGGUAUUACUGGCAUGUUGGGCAACUUCCUGGUCAUCUAUGCAUUCAGCAGGAGCCGGACACUGAGGACACCUGCCAACUUGUUCAUAAUAAACCUUGCCAUCACAGACUUCCUCAUGUGUGCCACCCAGGCACCUAUCUUUUUCACCACCAGCAUGCACAAGAGAUGGAUCUUUGGGGAAAAAGGUUGUGAGUUGUAUGCAUUCUGUGGGGCUUUAUUUGGCAUCUGCUCCAUGAUCACUCUCAUGGUCAUCGCUGUGGAUCGAUAUUUCGUGAUCACACGGCCUCUAGCCUCCAUCGGUGUGUUGUCUCAAAAGAGAGCUCUGCUGAUCCUUCUGAUAGCUUGGGCUUAUUCACUUGGCUGGAGCCUGCCACCCUUCUUUGGCUGGAGUGCUUAUGUUCCUGAAGGGCUGUUGACCUCCUGCACCUGGGAUUAUGUGACCUUCACACCCUCUGUGCGAGCUUACACUAUGCUCCUCUUCAUCUUUGUCUUCUUCAUUCCACUUAUCGUCAUCAUCUAUUGCUAUUUCUUUAUUUUCCGAUCCAUUCGCAGCACUAAUGAAGCUGUGGGCAAAAUUAAUGGCGAUAACAAGAGAGACACAAUUAAACAAUUUCAACGGCUGAAAAAUGAAUGGAAGAUGGCGAAAAUUGCUCUUAUUGUCAUUCUCAUGUAUGUCAUCUCCUGGUCUCCAUAUUCAACUGUGGCACUGACCGCUUUUGCUGGGUAUUCUGAUAUGCUCACACCGUAUAUGAAUUCAGUACCUGCUGUGAUAGCCAAGGCUUCAGCAAUCCACAAUCCCAUCAUUUACGCCAUCACACACCCCAAAUACAGGUUGGCCAUAGCCAAAUACAUUCCAUGUCUUCGUGUGCUGUUGUGCGUCCCCAAGCGUGACCUUCAUUCGCUCCACAGCAGCUUUAUGUCCACACGUCGUUCCACCGUCACAAGCCAGUCCUCUGAUAUGUCCGGACAGUUUCGCAGAACCAGCACUGGCAAGUCCCGGCUCUCCUCAGCCUCCGACAGUGAAUCUGGCUGGACAGAUACUGAGGCUGAUCUCUCCAGCAUGAGCUCCAGGCCUGCCAGCCGGCAGGUGUCUUGUGACAUCAGCAAGGACACUGCAGAGAUCCCAGACUUCAAACCUAGUAACUCGUCCAGCUUCAAGUCAAAGCUCAAAAGCCAUGACUCGGGCAUCUUUGAAAAGAGUUCCUCUGAUGUGGAAGAUGUGUCUGUGGUAGGACUCGUUCAGCCGGACCGUACUAACCCUUUAGCUGCUGGUGACGGUACAGACAUGCCAAUUUCAAGAGGUGCGAUUGGUCGGAUUCCCAGUAUUGUAAUCACCUCUGAGUCUAGAUCUCUCCUGGCCUCGGUACGGCCCAGCUACAGAAGCAGCCGCUCAAGUGUGUCCAGUGCUGGGGCAAAUCCAACUAGGAGAGACUCUCGUGGAGGAGUUCAGCAGGGGGCAGUGCAUCUCUCCACUGCGGCUGAAACCCCUGAGUCUGCUCACUUAUUAGACAACCCUCGCCCUUAGUAUCUCUAGUGCUUAUGCCACUUCACUCGCCGUCUAAUCCUUACCUUCAAGCUUUGUUUUGAGGUUUAGUGUUUUUGUGAGUUAUCCUGUUCUGUGGUUUAGACCUUUAGUAAGGGAAACUUGAAAUGAAGACAAACCCUGAGAGAUUAAUCAGUGCUCUGUAUCACAGAAUGUAAAGUAUGAAAGUCAAACAUUGAUGUCUUUUACAUGUGUAAUACAUUUUUGUGAUGACCUAAACUGUUACACAAUGUCCAGCAUCUUUGUUUCCUUCUAUUUUAAGGAAGCAUUUAACAGACAGUGCUUUGAAUCAGGCAAAGUUACAGCUCAGUCCAUGGAGACUCGGAUGGAUGGAAAGAAAGGGCAUCUCAGAUUAUUUUAGUCUGUCAUCAAUGUCAAAUGGCAUAUACAGAUUAUAUCAGUUACUUAGGGAGUUAAGCUUUAAGUUUCUAGAACAUUAUAAAUGUAGCCCAUUUUUCACCUGUUUGACAAUGCUAUUUCAUAGUUAUUUUACUAUCUUUACUCAAAGUGGGACUCUACCUGAAUGUUUUGCUUAACAGGAUCAUCUUAAGACUGUGGUAUGUGAGUUUUGCUCAUGAGACACUGAAAUGCUCGCUUCCACAGAACUUCAAGGUAUGUAAUAUGAAGCAAUAUUACAGCUUAGAAUCCUGUUUUAUCUGUUUAGUCACCAUGGUGAUCUCAUUUUGAAUAUUAAACUUAUCAGAUCUUCAGACUUAUAGCUGCACUAUGUAACUUUUUAUAUAUUUAAAAAACAAAAUAGCAAAUAGUUACUGAGGAGAGUUUAAAAAAAUGCAUCUUCCAAGCCAUGUAUUUUCUUUACCCCAAAACACUACAAUACUAAUUUAUAAUUUAGACAAGAAAUUGUACACGUGUUAUUCUCCUAUGCUUGUCAUGUCAUAUCUGUUCGUGAAGUAAAGCAGUUCUGAUGUUGUGAGUGUUUUUGGUGUGGUAGUAGAAUGAAGCUAAAACUUUGUUGUCAGUCCAAAUGAGACAAAUGUACCAAUUUUUCAUUCAAACCUCCAGUAUUAAAAACACAAACUCGUCUGUCUUCUCCGAUAAGAAACGCUGUAUCCAUGUGUACAUCAGUGCCUCAAACAGGCCUAACAGUCAGUCGCACAGAGGCUCAGAGCCCGAAGCACAACCAAUCUUCUCCCACUAUACACAUGCAGUUUUACUUUGUAACCGCUAGAGGGCCAGAAGUUACAUAGAGCUGGUCCCAAUACCCACAUUGGGGUUUUACAUUGGAAUUAACUUACAUUUUCCUCCAAAAUGCCAAUAGUGUAGGUUUAAGAUUGGAAGCCUUUCUAAUUCUGCUCCUGACUGCUGAUUUUUGAAAGCAUUGUAAUCAUUUCUGGUUUUGACAUUUUUUAGAUGUUUUGUCUUUUUAGUUUCUUUUUAGUUUUUAUGCAAGUUGUAAAUGUGUUGUUGUUGUUUUGUAAAAUUCUUGUAAUAUUACUAACGGCCUCUGAAAGUUACAGUGUGUUGCAACAGAACCCUAAGAACUUCAGCGUUAAGAAUGUGGAAUUUCAUUUGUUAUCAGUUUGCAAAUAUGGGCUACAUCACAUUAGUGAAAAUAGAAACAGCACCUCAAUUCACCGUAAAGCAUCUGUUUAUCAUCUGUUUCACUGAUGUAAUCUAGUGAUUGGAGGGAUAAAAAGAUUUUUGGAUUGCUUUGGAAAAAAGUAAAUCUUAAACAGCCCAAGCCCCAGAAUGCAUAUACCUGUAGCAGGGACACAUCAUUAUCUCACUAAAUCACACCAACAGAGAAUGCAUGCUAUGUGUGUUUCCAGCAGUCUAUCUUCGAGAUGAAUGACCCUAAAGAAUACUGCUCACAUGCAGCUCACAUAUGCAUCCACCUCUUCAGCCGUGUUGUUUUUACUAUUCUUUGUUUUUAAUUAUCACUGUUUGAAUAUUCACUUUAGAUCAAAUUAUAUUCAACUAUUAAUGUUUAAACAAUUAUGCUGCCUUUUUACUCUGUGACUGGACGUUACUCAAAUGUGAUGGUGGCUGCUCUUCUAGAUAGUUCUGGAAGACACGGUUUAGCAAA